GUGACUGUGAGGUCCGGGGUCGUCAUUGACCGGGAGGCCUUCUCACCCCCGCUCCUGGAGCUGCUGCUGCUGGCUGAGGAUGUUGGACUACUCAAUGGCACAGCCCACCUGCUCGUCACUAUCCUGGAUGACAAUGAUAACUGGCCCACCUUCAGUCCCGCUGCUUACACUGUCCACCUACUGGAGAACUGCCCACCAGGCUUCUCAGUCCUUCAAGUCACAGCCACAGAUGAGGACAGUGGCCUCAAUGGGGAGCUGGUGUACCGCAUAGAAGCCGGGGCUCAGGACCGCUUCCUCAUCCAUCCCGUCACUGGAGUCAUCCGCGUUGGCAAUGCCACCAUUGACAGAGAAGAACAAGAGUCCUACAGGUUGACAGUGGUGGCCGCCGACCGGGGCACUGUUCCCUUGUCAGGCACGGCCAUCGUCACCAUCCUGAUCGAUGACAUCAAUGACUCCCGCCCUGAAUUCCUCAACCCCAUCCAGACGGUGAGCGUGCUGGAGUCCGCAGAGCCAGGCACUGUCAUUGCCAACGUCACUGCUGUCGACCUUGACCUCAACCCCAAACUGGAGUACCACAUCAUCAGCAUCGUGGCCAAGGAUGACACGGACCGCCUGGUGCCUGACCAGGAAGAUGCCUUCGCUGUGAAUAUCAAUACAGGGUCCGUGAUGGUGAAGUCUCCCUUGAACCGAGAGCUGGUUGCUACCUAUGAGGUCACACUCUCAGUGAUUGACAAUGCCAGCGACCUCCCAGAGCGUUCCGUCAGUGUGCCGAAUGCCAAGCUCACGGUCAACAUCCUGGAUGUCAAUGACAAUACACCCCAGUUCAAGCCCUUUGGGAUCACCUACUACACAGAGCGGGUCCUGGAGGGGGCCACCCCGGGUACCACACUCAUUGCUGUGGCUGCGGUUGACCCUGACAAGGGCCUCAACGGGCUGAUCACCUACACCCUGCUGGACCUCACACCCCCAGGCUAUGUCCAACUUGAAGACUCUUCUGCAGGGAAGGUCAUUGCCAACCGGACCGUGGACUAUGAAGAGGUGCACUGGCUUAACUUCACCGUGAGGGCCUCAGACAAUGGGUCCCCACCCCGCGCAGCUGAGAUCCCCGUCUACCUAGAAAUUGUGGACAUUAAUGACAACAACCCCAUUUUUGACCAGCUCUCCUACCAGGAGGCCGUUUUUGAGGAUGUGGCUGUGGGCACAGUCAUCCUAAGGGUCACUGCUACCGACGCCGACUCAGGCAACUUUGCUCUCAUCGAAUACAGCCUGGGGGAUGGAGAGGGCAAGUUUGCCAUCAACCCCAACACUGGUGACAUCUAUGUGCUAUCCUCUCUGGACCGGGAGAAGAAGGACCACUAUAUCCUAACCGCCUUGGCCAAAGACAACCCAGGGGAUGUGGCCAGUAACCGUCGAGAGAACUCGGUGCAGGUGGUGAUCCGAGUACUUGAUGUCAAUGACUGCCGGCCUCAGUUCUCCAAACCGCAGUUCAGCACAAGUGUGUACGAGAAUGAACCCGCAGGCACCUCGGUCAUCACCAUGCUGGCCACUGACCAGGAUGAAGGCUCCAAUGGGCAGCUGACCUAUUCUCUCGAGGGCCCAGGAAUGGAGGCGUUCUUCGUGGACGUGGACUCGGGCCUGGUGACCACGCAGCGGCCACUGCAGUCUUAUGAGAGGUUCAACCUGACGGUAGUGGCCACGGAUGGCGGGGAGCCCCCGCUCUGGGGCACCACCAUGCUUCUGGUGGAGGUCAUCGAUGUCAACGACAACCGCCCUGUCUUUGUGCGCCCACCCAAUGGUACCAUCCUGCACAUCAAAGAGGAGAUCCCUCUACGCUCCAACGUGUAUGAGGUCUAUGCCACUGACAAGGAUGAAGGCCUCAACGGGGCAGUGCGGUAUAGCUUCCUAAAGACAGCAGGCAACCGUGACUGGGAAUACUUCACCAUCGACCCAGUUAGUGGCCUCAUCCAGACCGCUCAGCGCCUGGACCGCGAGAAGCAGGCAGUGUACAGUCUCAUCUUGGUGGCCAGCGACCUGGGCCAGCCAGUACCAUACGAGACGAUGCAGCCAUUGCAGGUGGCCCUGGAAGACAUCGAUGACAACGAACCCCUCUUUGUGAGGCCUCCUAAGGGGAGCCCCCAGUACCAGCUGCUGACCGUGCCUGAACACUCACCCCGUGGCACCCUCGUGGGCAACGUGACAGGUGCCGUGGACGCAGACGAGGGUCCCAAUGCCAUCGUGUACUACUUCAUUGCAGCUGGUAAUGAGGACAAGAACUUCCACCUACAGCCUGACGGGCGCCUGCUGGUGCUCAGAGACCUGGAUCGGGAAAAGGAAGCCAUCUUCUCCUUCAUUGUCAAAGCGUCCAGCAAUCGCAGCUGGACCCCUCCCCGAGGACCCUCCCCAGCCCUCGACCUGCUAACUGACCUUACCCUGCAGGAGGUGCGCGUCGUGCUGGAGGACAUCAAUGACCAGCCGCCGCGCUUCACCAAGGCUGAGUACACCGCAGGAGUGGCCACCGAUGCCAAGGUGGGCUCGGAGUUGAUCCAGGUGCUGGCCCUGGAUGCAGACAUUGGCAACAACAGCCUGGUCUUCUACGGCAUCCUGGCUAUCCACUACUUCCGGGCCCUUGCCAACGACUCUGAGGAUGUGGGCCAGGUCUUCACCAUGGGAAGUGUAGAUGGCAUCCUCCGCACCUUUGAUCUCUUCAUGGCCUACAGUCCUGGCUAUUUUGUGGUAGACAUUGUGGCCCGAGACCUGGCCGGCCACAAUGAUACCGCCAUCAUCGGCAUUUACAUCCUGAGGGAUGACCAGCGUGUUAAGAUAGUCAUCAAUGAGAUCCCCGACCGUGUGCGUGGCUUUGAGGAGGAGUUCAUUCGCCUGCUCUCCAACAUCACAGGCGCCAUUGUCAACACCGAUGAUGUGCAGUUCCAUGUGGACAAGAAGGGGCGAGUGAACUUUGCACAGACAGAGCUGCUCAUUCACGUGGUGAACCGGGACACAAACCGCAUUCUUGACGUGGACAGGGUCAUCCAGAUGAUUGAUGAGAACAAGGAACAGCUGCGGAACCUCUUCCGGAACUACAAUGUCCUGGACGUGCAGCCUGCCAUCUCUGCCCGACUGCCGGAGGACAUGUCUGCCCUGCAGAUGGCCAUCAUUGUCCUAGCCAUCCUCCUCUUCUUGGCUGCCAUGCUCUUCGCCCUCAUGAACUGGUACUACAGGACCGUACACAAGAGGAAGCUCAAGGCCAUUGUGGCUGGUUCUGCAGGGAACCGUGGCUUCAUUGACAUCAUGGACAUGCCCAAUACCAACAAAUACUCCUUUGACGGAGCCAACCCUGUGUGGCUGGACCCUUUCUGCCGGAACCUGGAGCUGGCUGCACAGGCUGAGCAUGAGGAUGAUCUGCCUGAGAACCUGAGUGAGAUUGCAGAUCUGUGGAACAGCCCCACCCGCACCCAUGGAACUUUUGGGCGUGAGCCGGCAGCAGUCAAGCCUGAUGACGACCGAUACCUGCGUGCAGCCAUCCAGGAAUAUGACAACAUUGCCAAGCUGGGCCAGAUCAUUCGAGAGGGGCCUAUUAAGGGCUCGCUGCUGAAGGUGGUCCUGGAGGAUUACCUGCGGCUCAAAAAACUCUUUGCCCAGCGGAUGGUGCAAAAAGCCUCCUCCUGCCAUUCCUCCAUCUCCGAGCUGAUCCACACUGAGCUGGAUGAGGAGCCUGGGGACCACAGCCCAGGCCAGGGCAGCCUCCGUUUCCGCCACAAGCCACCCAUGGAGCUCAAGGGGCCGGACGGAAUCCACAUGGUUCACGGCAGCACGGGCACACUGUUGGCCACUGACCUCAACAGCUUGCCGGAGGAUGACCAGAAGGGGCUGGACCGCUCCCUGGAGACCCUGACGGCCUCAGAGGCUACAGCCUUUGAGCGCAAUGCCCGCACAGAGUCCGCCAAGUCCACACCUCUGCACAAGCUUCGAGAUGUGAUCAUGGAGAGCCCCCUGGAAAUCACAGAGCUGUGAUGUCAAGCCUUGCUGCUGAGCAGCCCACCCAGGAACCUCCAGGGCAGGAGCAUGGCCAACUCUCUGCCCAGGCCAGCCUUUGGGAGCGACCUCGGGCUGGCCCUGGCAGCCCACGCGGCUGUUCAGAUCGGCCUCCUACCAGAUACUGGUUCAGCGUCUGCUCUCUACCUUCAUAAAAUUGGUUAUUUUUUUAAGAAAACUUAACUUAAAAAAUGCUAAGUGUCUAAGGACAAGGUAAGGAGGGUCACGGGGGGAGCCCCCAGAGACUGAGGACCAGCUCGGCCCCUCCUCCUGCCACCACAAUGGAGCAGAGGCCCAGCACAGGACUAACAACUCUUCUGGCACACCCCUGCCUCAGUUCAAGUCCCAUUGAACUUCCGCCUGCUGGACACCCAGGUGGCUCCCUGCCCCUACACACACACACAAGGUUGAUGUCGGCAACCAAGCAUCCGUCCCACCUCCCUGUCUUCUUGACGUGUUAGUUGAGAGACAUGACUGAUGUUCCCUUGGGUUUCGAAUGUAGAGUGUUCGUGUGUAUUCCUUUUCUAAAUUAAGUUAUUCCCUCAAGAUUUCCUCCAGGUUUUGUUUAACUGAUACUCAAUGAAAGUUUCUGGAAUGCUCUGUUUAAAAAGAAAAGCAACUCACAUGGAACCAGCACUACCCCGACUCUGAUGACCUAUGAGGUUCUGGGGGGUGAUGGGAGGAGCCUCUUGGCCAGGAAGGGCUGCAAGGAAAACGCAGGGGCAGUGGAUGCAGAACCCAUAUGCCUCAGGUGUCGAAGAAACACAAGCCCAGAUCUGGUUAACAACUUUAUUAAGUCACAGAAACUUUAGUGCAAAACAAAAUCUAGGUCCAUUUAGCUGCACAUGCCCAUCCUGCUGGCUGUCUCCUGGAGGCACAAGAGAAGCUUCAGCUCAACAGACCAGCCAGGGUUCCAGACACCUACUCUACACAGAGACCCCAGUGUGUCACCCGCUGCCAGGCAGAUGCUUCAUCCAUAAGGAGAAAGGGUAGGUCAACAGGAGUUACAAGGCGGGAAAGGGGCGCGCAGGGCCCUGACAGCCAGGCAGACAACACUGUUCACGGGCCUCACAACAACCAAAGGCCAGGCCCACAUGGCAUGGGCAAGUUACAUUCAGAAGUUUCCCCUCCCACCCUAGCCCACAGAACCCCAAAGAAGGCAGACGGGGACGCAGGAAAGCAGAGCGAAAGGCUGACCUAGAUGGUAGCAUCCCAAGCAAGCCACGUGCAGGUGCUUCUGAAAUCUCUGUACUGUGACAACGGCAAUUCCAUCAUCCCAAAGACCU